AUGUUUCCGUUAUUACUAAUCAAGGAGGUCGUAAAGUUACUGCGGAGGAAUAUAUAAAAUAUAUGAAUAUAUAUAAUCCUGAUAUAUUUGCUAGCAUGGCGGAUUUAAUAACUUUCAAGAAUCCAGGUUUAAAAAGGGUUAAGAAAUCUGUUGAUAGAACAUUAAAUUGGCUAGAUCAAACCUUGGCACAAACCAAAGAAGGGAUUCAAGUAUUUGGAGUUGUGACUGGACAUGAUAAACAUGAUGAACGAGUAAGAUCUGCACAAGAGACAGCUAAUAGAAAUGUGGCCGACAUGACUUCAAAAGAACGUUUAGAUUUAAUGAAAAUCUCGCUAAAACAUCUACCAACAAAUAAACCUCGUGUAGCAUAUGGCCUUGGGGCACCAGAGUAUGUCCUUCUUGGAAUUUUCGAGGGAAUUGAUAUAUUUGACACAAGUUAUCCAUCAGAAAUGACAUCUUUAGGACGUGCACUUACAUUUUGUCUACCGGUAAUUGAAAAUGGAAUUGAAAAUGGAAUUCAAAAUGGAAUUCAAAACGGAAUUCAAAAUGGAAUUCAAAAUGGAAUUCAAAAUGGACAAGAAAAAUUCAUAAACCUUUGGGAUAAUAAAUAUAAAGCGGAUUUUGGACCAAUUUUAGAUGCGUGUAAAUGUUAUGCAUGUCAGAAUCAUACGAAAGCAUAUAUAAAUCAUUUACUAAAUACUCAUGAAAUGCUUGCAACCGUAUUGUUAAUGAGUCAUAAUUUAUUCCAUUAUUUGCAAUUCUUUAAGAAUAUUAGAAAAUCUAUGAAUUAUAAUACAUUUGAAAAAACUGCUAUACAAUUUAUUAAUAUGUAUGGCAACGAUGACAUUGAU